UUUUUAGUUUUAUUUCUUUUUCUCUUUCUCAUGUUUAUUCUCCUACUUUCCUAGCCUACACCUUCUUUCUUCCUCGCAAGUUUUGGAUGAAUCAUCGUUCAUAUUCUUCAUUCACUAAUGCAAUCGCCAGUCCUUCCUUAAUUUGGAUACAGAUUUCAUUUCACCAAAUUGGAUAACAAUCAUUCCUCUGUUGAUUCUUUUUCUUUAAUAGAAUUGCGUUUCAAUUCAUGAUCCUGCCGGAAACUAUGUUGCAUUCCGAUAUCGAUAUGGAUUCAUCGGACGCUCUCCGCUGCAAGCGUAACGACGGUGUUCGUUGGCGCUGCAAGGAGCUGGCCUCGCCUGGGAAAUCGUAUUGUGACAGGCACUUGAUCCAACUCAUGAAGCAAAGUUUGAAUAAGGUGCGGAAUUAUGGAGAUAGAGGUUUCUGUUCCGGCGGUAGAGUUGUGGAGGAGGCGGCGAAGAGGAACGAGGUUAGACCACGGUUUGGAUCGCUAGGGGAAGAGAGUGAGGAUGAGCUAGACCGAAAUGGAAGUCUGGUGAGGAAACAGAAAAGGCAGCUCUCUGAUUGUAAUAGAGAGAACAAUUUUUUUAAGGAUGCUACAAUCGCGAGAGAUUCUGGAAAAUCUGAAUUCACGGCUUUCAAAUUGAGUAACGGAAAGGAUACGGCCGAUUCUGUGAAAAGGCUUGGCGCGUCUGCGAAGCGCAAGAGAAAUCAUGUUGUAACGAAUGGAAAAUCGGUCGAGACGGAUAAGCCUAAUAAAAAGAACGGUGGGAGUUUGAUGUGUCAUCAGUGUCUGCGGAGUGAUACAAGUGGGGUUGUCUUUUGUUCAAAUUGCCAAAGGAAACGGUUUUGCUAUAGGUGUAUUGAACGAUGGUACCCUGAUAAAACAAGGAAGGAUGUUGAGAAUGCAUGUCCAUGUUGCCGUGGUCACUGUAAUUGCAAGGCUUGCUUAAGAGAGUUUGUUGAGUUUGCUCCCAAAGAAUUAGAUGCAAGUGUAAAAGUAGAGCGAUUAAAAUUCUUGCUACACAAGGUUCUGCCCAUUCUCAGGCAUAUUCAAAGGGAACAGAGUUAUGAACUAGAGGUUGAAGGCAAUAUACAGGGUGCUCAAUUGAAAGAAGUGGAUGUAAAAAGAAUAAAGCUAGUUCAGACAGAGCGCAUGUAUUGUGACAAUUGCAAUACUUCGAUCUUCAACUUUUACAGAAGCUGCUUCAACCCAAACUGUUCUUACGAUCUAUGUCUUAGCUGCUGUAAAGAGUUGAGGGAAAGUUUCCAUUCUGAAGGUAGCGAGACACAUAUUUAUUGCGAAGUUUUUAGAAGUAAAUUAUCUAGUCAACAAUAUCAUCAAUGCAUCAAUGUGCUGGCAGGAAGAGAUUGUCAGUUGACAUCUACAUCUCAGACUUCUGUCGGUGGCAUGGCAUCAAGUUCCCAGGUCUGGAGUGCGAAUCCUGAUGGUAGUAUACCAUGUCCUCCAAGAAAACGCGGGGGCUGUGGGAUUGCAAGUUUGGAGUUGAGACGUUCCCUUAAAGCUGAUUGGGCUACGAAGUUAGUUGAAGGAGCAGAGGAGCUUACAAGCGAUUACACAUUACCUGAUACUUGUUCUUCUGAAAUCUGUUCAUCAUGCUGUCUUAACAGUAAUGAAGUCAGACAAGCAGCUUUUAGGGAAAAUAGUCGCGACAAUUUCUUAUACUCCCCGAAUGCUUUGGAUAUAAUGGAUGACGGUGUUAACCAUUUUCAAACGCACUGGAUGAAGGGUGAACCUGUUAUCGUCAGAAAUGUUCUUGACAAAACAUCUGGUCUUAGUUGGGAACCUAUGGUUAUGUGGAGAGCUUUUAGACAAACAGGUGCUAAUGUGAAGUUCAAAGAGGAGACAUGCAGUGUGAAGGCUAUUGAUUGCUUGGAUUGGUGUGAGGUAGAGAUAAAUAUCCACCAGUUUUUUGUCGGAUACUUAGAAGGCCGUAUGCACAGAAAUGGAUGGCCAGAAAUGUUGAAACUGAAGGAUUGGCCUUCAUCCACUUCAUUUGAGGAGCGUUUGCCUAGGCAUUGUGCCGAAUUUAUUGCAGCACUUCCUUACAGUGAAUAUACCCACCCAAAAUAUGGUCUUCUGAAUCUAGCUACCAAACUUCCUGAGGGUUCACUGAAGCCUGACAUGGGACCCAAAACUUAUAUCGCAUAUGGAUACCCGGAGGAGCUGGGCAGAGGUGAUUCCGUAACAAAGCUUCACUGCGAUAUGUCUGAUGCGGUAAAUGUACUGACCCAUACAAGUAAAGUUAAUCUUAAGACCUGGCAACGUGCUAUCAUUGAAAAGAGGCAAAAACAUUUUGCUGCUGAAGAUUGUUCUGAACUAUAUGGUGGAAAGAAAAGUACGUCUGAUGAUACAGAAAAGGAUUCUGAAUGUAAACAAAAUCAAGUUACAGAUCCAUCAAUGAUUGAAAAACCAUUAGGAGAAUCAAAGGCUCAGAGCAGCGGACAGUUUGACAAACAUGAUUACAACUCUUCCAAUUUAACAGAUGUUACUGUCAGAAAUUCAUCUGUGGACAUGUGUAGUACUGGUGCUUCAGCUGAUAUCUUUUGUUCAAAUGGACCCAAGUCUGCUCAGACAUUAGUUAUUGCACACACCCCCAGUCAGCGCUGUGGUCAAUCUUCUAACGGUACUAGUAAAAUCAAUCAUGAAACUUAUGAUACAGAAAAGGCCUCGGGUUGCAAUGAAGUUAAUGAUCUAAGACCAAGUGAUUCAAUUAAGAAUGGGGCAGAUAGUCAUUUAGAAGAUGAUGAAAAAAUGGAGGUUGCUACUGGUGGAGCUGUUUGGGACAUUUUCCGUAGGCAGGAUGUUCCCAAGAUAGUCAAGUACUUAGAAAAGCACCAGAAGGAAUUUCGUCAUAUCAAGUGUAAACCUGUAAAUUCUCUUGUUCAUCCAAUUCAUGAUCAGACUGUUUUUUUUAAUGCAAAACACAAGAAGCAGCUGAAGGAGGAGUUUGGUGUUGAACCCUGGACAUUUGAACAAUUCAUUGGUGAGGCAGUUUUCAUUCCAGCAGGAUGCCCUCACCAAGUUCGAAAUAGACAGUCAUGCAUAAAAGUAGCUAUGGACUUUGUAUCCCCGGAAAAUGUAGAAGAAUGCUUUCAGUUGACAGAGGAGUUCCGUUUCCUCCCAAAAACACAUAGAGCUAAGGAAGACAAAUUGGAGGUUGGUUUCUGUUUGAACUAAAAAAAUUGUGUAAAAGGUAAAGAUUCGGUUACUUAGAUGGUUUACCAUCACUAGAGUGGAAUGAAAACCUCAGGACUUGGAGGGGGAUUCAACGAAGUCAUGGUAAAAUUGCCCUAAAUAUGCUUGGAAUAGGAAGGGCUGGAAGUAACCAGCCUGAGGUAGUUCCAAUAUCGUGUUUUGCCUGCAGAUUGUACAUUCUUCACCGGUUUUUUGAUGCUCCAAUUCAUCCAUUGGAAAAACGGAAAAAAGGAAAAAAAUAAAAAGCUCCCAACAAUCAUUUAUAAGUUCAUAAAAAAACUAGAGUAGCCGUCAGAAGUCCCAUCAGAAGAAAUGCAAAAGGAGAUUCUGGAUUAGGGUGAGAUGGGUGAGCUAUGACGAAUCUUUAAUACUGUGAGUCAAGGAUUUAAACAUGGUAUUUAGAGUUUGGACUCUGGAUUCUCUAUUAGAUCAUCCAACAGGAGCAUAUGAGGAUCGAUCGUCAGUGCCCUACUUUUCGACCCUUUAAAGGGGUAUGCAUAAAUGGAUAAUGCAUUUUGAGGGAAUGGUUUGUUGAGGUUAAAAAAAUGACACUUUAUGCUGCAAGUUCUGCUAUCAGAGAGAUCAGAGAACUGCUGUUAAAGCUUGACUGAGAAAUCCUUCAAUUAUCUUUUUGAGUAACACGGGGAAAAUAGACGCUUCAAUCCUCCCAGCUAACCAGCCACAUACUAAAUUGACAGAAUUAUCUGCAGCGUUGGACUAUCCCGCAUGAUGUUUAUAUGCGGAAAGGUGAGGAUAACUACAUCUAUGGAGCAACUGUGAAGUCUGUUUUCUAUUAUUCAAGAAGCUGACGAAGGUUGAAAAUAGCAAGCCAACAUUUUAGCUAAUAAAUAGAUCGGCAAACAUUCCCUUAUUUAUUAGACAGCAAAAGAAAUAUGGAUGCUGACAAAGUGCCUUUCUCGAACUUGAGAACACUGGAUCAUUUGAAGUAGAAUGGAGGCUUCGUGAUUAUUGGCCGCGGAAUACUGUAGAAGCUUGCUACAAUCUUUUUCAUUGUUGUGGUAAGAACUUGAUCUUUGUGUGAACAGUGAAUGAAAAUACUUUAAAUGGCGAUGCAAGAAGAAAAUUUUCUCUAUGCCUUAAGGAGACCUAGAAGCGAUUUGGUAGAGAUCUCAGUUGUCAAGCCUCUACCUAAACGUUAGAGAAAAGUCGAUGAAAAUUAAUGUUGGAGACUUCCUCAGCCUCCUAACUAUGGAUAAUUUAGCGGAUAAUUCAGCUUAGUUUCUUGAACCUCUUGAGAGAAAGGGACUCAAAAACUGCCAAAGAAAAGGUAAAUUGCAAGAAAACCCCAACUACUUCGAGGAAAUAUGUUGACAAAUUCAUGGCAAGUCGGCCAAUUCGGGAAGCAGCUGGGGUCCUUAAGAUUGAAAGAAAGAGCAUCUCGAUUGGCACAUUCUCCAGCAGGAGAAAUAGUAAGAGAGGACAAGCAGCUUUAUCGAUGAAGGGUUGAUGGGUUUACAGCAAAAAUUCAUUGGAAAAGCUGCUUCUUUGGUCCAACCUUCUCAGCAAGUUUCAACUACCACUACUAAUGACCAUACUGCCUCAUUGUGUAGAAAGCAUAACUUAAAAGAUGAAUCCAUCUUAUUUAAUCUAUAAACGGAACGUGGAUGCAAAGUGAUCGGACCGUGUUCUAACACCAUUGUGCAACGUGGGCAAUGGAAAGGUUUGAUAGAAAAUUUUUGUGGCUUCUCUUCUAAAAUUGCUUCUUAAAUCAAUCAGAAUGGGUUAAGUUUUGCUUCCUAUAGGGUAGUUUCUGUAAUAUAUACGGCUAAUCAAGCAGUAGUUGGUAGUUCUCUACAUUUUACUAUGAAAUGUAGAUUUUAGUCUAGUCAUGUUCUUCGCCCAAAGAAAUAAGAUAGAAGGGCAUAGUGAAUAGUUUACACAAUAAAUGAAUGAAGUAUAUGUGUAGUUAGACAAGAUAGAAGCCUUUUCUGGCUUAAAAAUUGCUCAGGAAUUUUGGAAGUUUUUCGUCCUAGAAGACAGGGACCAAUUGAUCUAUUUUUCUUAUA